AGAGACAAGCGUGCGCGCGCAGUGGGGGGAGAACGAUCCCGGCAGAAAAAGCAGCUGCUGCCGAGUAAUGAGGCUUGGCGCGCAGUGUCAUUUCCCUCGGCGCUGGCGGAGCCGAAUGGCGGAACGCACUCUUACGGGCUUGCGGAACAUUGUCGGGACCGAGGCUUGUCCAGGGCAGUUUUAGGAAUUUAACGACUGUCCUGCGGACAUAGCGGGAUUGUUGGCAGCCGUUAUCCUUCCAAGAGGAAGCAGCAGCAGGAUGGGUGAUGCUGUGGAAGUCAGAGAACUGAAAAGGACAUAUAUUGUUCCUGCUAUCAAACCCUUCGACCAUUAUGAUUUUUCCAGGGCGAAAAUUGCAGCCAGUAUAGCAUGGCUUGUAGCCAAAGCCUACGGGACAGAUAACAUUCCUGAGGACUUGAAGGAACCCUUUUACACGGACCAGUAUGAACAGGAACACAUUAAGCCUCCUGUUGUUAACCUGCUGCUUUCUGCUGAGCUGUACUGUCGAGCUGGAAGCCUGAUUCUGAAGAGUGAUGCUGCUAAACCCUUAUUGGGCCAUGAUGCUGUAAUUCAGGCCCUCGCUCAGAGAGGCCUUUAUGUUACAGAUCAGGAACGGCUGGUAACAGAAAGGGAUCUGCGAAAAAAGCCAAUUCAUAUGAGUGCCCAUUUGGCCAUGAUUGACACUCUAAUGAUGGCAUACGCAGUGGAGAUGGUGAGCAUUGAAAAAGUAACUGCAUGUGUCCAAAAGUACUCCUCAACCAUUUCUGCUGAAGAGCAGCCCUAUGACAUCGAAGAUGCUGUAAUGUUCUGGGUAAAUAAGGUAAAUGCCUAUUUGAAAGAAAUAAUAGAAAACGAGCAGAAAAUAAAGGAAUCACAAGGUCCAGAUACCUCAGGAGGCGGCCCAAAGUCUCCUACCAAAUGGUUUUGGAAACUGGUUCCUGCUCGCUACAGAAAGGAACAGACACUACUGAAGCAUCUUCCCUGCAUUCCAUUGGUGGAAAAUGUUCUGAAAGAUACAACUGACGGCUGCAGUUUAGCAGCUUUAAUCCAUUUCUACUGUCCAGACAUUGUCAAAACAGAAGAUAUCUGCCUAAAAGAAACAAUGUCAUUGGCUGAUAGUCUUUAUAACCUACAGCUAAUUCAGGAGUUUUCCCACAUCUACUUGAAUCAGUGUUGCCAUUUCACUCUUGAGGAUAUGCUCUAUGCCUCUUCAUCAAUAAAGAAUAAUUAUCUGGUGUUCUUGGCAGAACUUUUUUGGUGGUUUGAAGUGGUAAAGCCUUCUUUUGUACAGCCCCGAUCCUUAGCUGAUUGUGUUACAUCACAGAAGAAUCUGACAUCCUCUCCACUUGCUGAUUCUGCUAGAAGUAGUUUUGCAGAUGGAUCGUACAGCCCAGAGCUCAGUAAAAGGAACGAAAAUAUGGCUUUUCAACCAUUACAACCUCUUCCCUCACCUAGUCUUGGUCAGCAGCAACCAAUAUCUUCACCAUCAGGAAUGGUAAAGAGGUCCACUUCUAUGUCUUUCAUGGAUGGAUGUGUAGGAACAUGGCCAAAAGAAAAACGGUCAUCACUUCAUGGAGUUUCUUUUGAUAUUACCUUUGAUAAGGAGGACACAGUAAAGAAAGGUGCACCUCAGAAAAGAUCGAUGACCAGAUCAGUCAGUAAUGAAGGCUUAUCCUUGAAUUUUAGCAACACACCUAGACAUUUAAGAAAAAAUAUGUCAUUCCAGCCAUUAAAUGGCCAAACUGAAGCAGAGGGGAUUGCUGAAGAAGCAUUCCCUGUACAUUAUAGAGGCACUUUGCCUCCUACACCAGUUUAUUCUGAAGGCAGAGCAAGUGAACAAAAUAAACAUAUGCUUCUAAAUGGACCUUUGCAAAAUGCUGACAUUCUAGAUGACAUUGAUAACCAAAUUGAGACACCAAGCAUUGAGGAGGCUUUAAAAAUAAUUCACAACCAUCAGAAAGCUCACAGAGUUCAGUCUGAACCUCUUACCAGUGGCCAUGAUGUUUUUUUCCUUCAUUCACAAAUGUUUGAAUCCACACCAAAGGUAGAUCAGCUUGGUGUCAUUGUUUGUAGCCCAGAUCCAGUUACAGACACAAAGGGUGCUUUGAGCCCUGUGACUGACAAUACUGAAGUGGACACUGGUAUUCAUCUCCCUUCUGAAGAUAUUCGAGAAUCAAUGGAUGAAGAUUCCUCAUUGAAGGACUACACUGUAAGCAUGGAUUCUGAUGUGGAGGAUUCCUCAAAGUUCCCUGCAGAUUUUGAAGUAAGAUCCUACAACAACAACAAGGAAUCUGUAAGUCCUUGUCCAAGCUCUCUAAGUGCCAAAUCACAGGCUGGAAGCACUGCAUCCUCGAGCUCUGGGGUUAAGAUGACUAGUUUUGCAGAACAGAAAUUUAAAAAACGAAAUCAUGCAGAUAGGAGCAGCGGAAGUAGUUCUCAGAAGACAACCCCAGAAAGUUCAGAGCUAAACAUUCCUUAUGUUCUUUCUAUUCCUCAGACUCCUGAAGUAAACCCUGUUUUCCCUGGAAGAGAUACUACUCAUUUGUUAGCAUCUGAAAUGGUACAGCUACGAAUGAAAUUGGAAGAAAAACGACGCGCAAUUGAAGCACAUAAAAAGAGAGUUGAAGCUGCUUUUACAAAGCAACGAAAAGAAAUGGGCCAGACAGCCUUCCUUACAGUGGUGAAAAAGAAAGGUGAUGGAGUGUCACCACUUCGAGAAGAAGCAGUUGGUGCUGAAGAUGAAAAAGCAUUUGUUGAUGGGAAGCUGUCUUGUAAUGUAGAUGGCAAGGAAGACAACAGGAGGAUAAGGAAGUCAGAGGAAAUAAAAGGCAACACUGAUGUUAAUCAUGUCCGAUGGCUGAAGUCACCAACUACUCCUGUUGAGACUGAAAAACAAUGGAAUUUGACAAGUCCUAUGGAUGAAAUGCCUGGGGAGGGAGACAUUAUGGAGUAUACAAAAUCAAUUGAAAAACUGAAUUCAGCUUUGCACUUCUUGCAGAAAGAAAUGCAGCGCCUUUCUCUGCAACAGGAUAUGUUAAUGCAGUUAAGAGAGCACCAAGCUUGGGUAAUUCCACCUUCUCAGCCUUCUCCACAAAAACAGGUGCGUGACCAUCGCACUUCUACUGGUUCUGUAGGGUCUGUCUCUCCUAGUCCAUCAAUCACAGGAGAAUCACCCCGUCCCUCUCACCGAACUGUUCAGCCAUCUGCUAGGAGGUCUGCUUCUUUUUCAUGUAGAUCUUCAAGAACUCCAAGGCCAAAUGAACUUAAAUUAACACCAUUAAACAGAACAUUAACCCCUCCCCAGUCUGUAGAUAGUCUUCCUCGUCUCAGGAGAUUCUCACCUAGCCAGGUUCCCAUUCAGACUAGAUCUUUUGUUUGCCUUGGAGGUGAUGGAGAGCAGACAGGUGCUGGACAGCAGACAUCUAAACUGCAGAAAAAAGAUAAUUGUAAUUCACCUGCAGAGGUAUCUCCGGAUGAGGUCUCACAAGAUGAGGUGACUGUAGUACUGCCUCCACAAAAAUCUAAGGAACCAGAGCUCAAGCUUAUUGAAUCUAAAGUGUCAGAGGUGUUGGCCCAACCAAUAGUGGAGACUGUGUGCCUCACACCAAAGACUGACCUGCCAAGCCAGCCUGUUGAGCAGGCUGGUAAAAGCGCUAACUUGAUUGAAGUCUCUCUGUCAGGCUUGCAACCACUGGAGGGACAGGAAGUGCUGGAUGAAAAAAGUAUUGCUGAGGACAUUGGAGAACAAAUGGAAGAUGAUCAGAAGUUAUGUUGUGGAUUCUUCUUUAAGGAUGAUAUGAAAGGUGAGGAUGAUAUGGCGUUGAAGAGAGCAGCAUUCCUAGAGAAACGACUAAGAAGAGAGAAGGAAACGCAGCUCCGGAAACAGCAGAUGGAGGCUGAGCUGGAGCAGAAGAAAGAGGAAUCCAGGCGCAAGGCAGAAGAGGAGCGUCUGAAGAAGGAAGACGAGAAAGCGCGUAGGGAGUACAUCAAGCAAGAAUAUUUGCGAAGAAAGCAGCUGAAACUUAUGGAGGAUAUGGAUACUGUAAUAAGGCCCCGCUCUGCUAUAACCAAACAAAAAAAGCCCCGACCCAAGUCCUUACACAGAGACCAUAUGGAUUCCCCUAAGACUACUUUGGGAGGUGUACCAGGUUCACGAGCUCGUGUUUUUUCAGUAUCUAGUCUGUCGCUGGCCUCCCUGAACACUGGAGACAAUGAGAGCAUACUUUCAGGCAAGAAGACACCAAGAUCUGAAUCUGUAGAGGGAUUUCUGUCACCGUGUCGGACUGGAAGUCGCAAUGGUGAGAAAGACUGGGAAAAUGGUUCUACCACCUCUUCGGUAGCUUCUGGUACAGAAUAUACAGGACCAAAGCUGUAUAAGGAGCCCAGUGCGAAGUCCAAUAAGCACAUCAUCCAAAAUGCAAUCGCUCACUGCUGUUUGGCUGGGAAGGUGAAUGAAGCUCAGAAGAACAAAGUCCUGGAGGAGAUGGAUAAGUCUGAAGCAAAUAAUUUUCUUAUACUCUUCCGGGAUUCAGGCUGCCAGUUCCGGUCUUUGUACACUUAUUGCCCUGAAACAGAAGAGAUCAGUAAGCUCUCUGGAGUAGGUCCCAAGUCUGUCACACGUAAAAUGAUAGAGGGAUUGUACAAGUACAACUCUGACAGAAAACAGUUCAGCCAUAUACCAGCCAAAACCAUGUCCGCCAGUGUUGAUGCGGUUACUAUUCAUGGUCACCUAUGGCAGCUCAAAAGACCGAUGACGCCUAAGAAAGUUUUACCUAUUAAGCCAUAGUGGACUGGAGGCAUUUUUCCCUGUUUAAAACACUAAUGAUGGAAUUGCACUUUGUUUUAACUACCUGUGAAGUGCAGGUUUGCAGUUGCCAAUGAACAGUUCUGUCUUGGAUUGUAAAUAAUAGACAUCUAAAACUGGACAUCAAGAAAGACAUUAUGAUGCACAACUGGAAUGUAAACACUAUUGAAAGUACAGAAAGGACUUGCAGAAGUGA